CACCCAAUGCUCAGCUCCACCUGAAUGGAAAGUGACUCUGUUGCUCUUUCCUGAACCAGCUCAACGGUCAGUGAAAACUUAAAUAUCUGUCUGUCUGUGUUCAGACAGAGAACUUUAAAGGCUUCAGACGGUGAGGAACCUCAGCAGAACAACCAUCCAGAAUGAACCCCAGGCUAACCAGGAGCCAGCAGAAAACAGUCUGCGCCCAGCUGGGAAAUGUCAAACUACAGCUGCUGUACAAGGCCAGCAUCCAUGGCUUCACCGGAGCAGCCUUCCACCAACGAUGUGACAACUGCUGCCCCACAGUGUCUGUGGGCUACAACGCCGCUGGUUAUGUGUUUGGAGGUUUCACCAAACAACCUUUCGCUCAGUCUGGACAGUACGUGCACGAUGACCAGGCCUUUCUUUUCACUCUCAGUGGAGAAAACCUCCACAUAUAUCCGGUCACUAGUCCAGAUUAUGCAGUGAGAAUGAUGAGUAACACUGGUCCGUAUUUUGGGGAGGCGUUGGUUCUUGUCAAUGGAAGCCAAGCAGCAGUCUACAGCAGUCCAGGAAAGUACUACAACUUUAAUGCUGCAGAGGUGCAUGGCAACAACCUCACACUGACUGAGUGUGAAGUCUAUCAAGUGGAGGUGAUCCCAGAGUACGAGAAGCCGUGGAGGCCGGUGGUCUGGGAAAAUGAGCAGAGGAUGGAGCUGAUGGAGAGCAUUAAGAGCUACAAACCCACAGUCAGCUCAGUGUCCCAGGUUCGGGUCCUGCUCAUUGGACAAGUUGGAGCUGGAAAGUCCAGCUUCUUCAAUUCUAUCAACUCUGUAUUCAGAGGCCACGUCACCAGCCAGGCCAUCGCUGGCUGCUCGACCACCAGCCUCACCACGCAGUUUCGUUCCCACACUUUGAAAGCUGGGCGAGAAGGAAAACCCCUGCCAAUCAUCUUGUGUGACACCAUGGGACUGGAGGAAAGCACAGGGGUGGGGCUUAAUAUAGAUGACAUCAGCAGCAUCCUCAAUGGUCAUCUGCCUGACCGUUAUCGGUUCAACCCCUCUGCUCCUCUGAAUUCGGACACUCACGGCUAUCGUAAGUCUCCAGGCCUCAAGGACCAGAUCCACUGUGUGGCCUAUGUUGUUGAUGCCUGCAAGGUCUCCAUCAUGCCCACAAAGCUGGAGGAGAAGCUGGAUGCGAUCCGCAGAAAGGUCAACCUAAUGGGCAUUCCUCAGCUGGUCCUGCUCACUAAAGUGGACGAAGCCUGCCCUUUGGUGACAGAGGAUGUGAGAAAUGUUUAUAAGAGUGGCUACAUUAAGCACAUGAUGGAGGAGGUCAGUGGUCGGAUCGGUAUGCCGAUGUUCUGCAUUGUUCCGGUGAAGAACUACAGCCAGGAGUUAGAGUUGGACCCAAACUGCGACAUCCUGCUGCUCAGCGCCGUCAUCCAGAUGCUCCGCUUCGCUGACAACUACUUCGAUGAGAUCAGUGAUCGAUUCAGCAACAGUGACGUCAAAGGAUAGGAAGUGUUUGAGCAUCAGAUCCAAUGACCUGAGCACCUGUGAUUGAAUGUCCCUCACGAUGACCCAUGCAAGUAACAGCAGGUGAUCCUACCCAGGCAGAGUUCACUGUGCCCCUCCUGCUCAGACUUUUCCAAGCACCCCUUGGAAUGCUGGGAGUUGUAGUUCCUCCAGAAUGUCACCUCCAGUUUCAGGCUUGACAAACUCAGUGAACCGCUGUUCACUUUAACUGUGUCCCUCAGCUGCGAGACAAUCACUUUUCCUCCUGAUUCAGUAAUAAAUUCUUUAUAUUACUAGAAAAAGAUGACAUUAUCAAGGAUGCUAUUUCAAUCAUUCACUGUCUACAUUUAAAAGUUUUCUGACAGUGCUGGCUCAUGUCGAGGGAUGUUUCAUCACAAGCAAACGCAAACAUAUCUGAUGUUAACUGUUUACUGCAUUAUUACAUGAUUAAGUUUUGGAUAAUAAUAAUAUCUUUUUGUUUCAUGUGAUUGAGGCUACAGUCACCGACAGCAGGUUCAGAGCAGUUCAACAGAGCUCAUCUGCGUUGCUUCCUUCAGUCUGAAUCGUGUGUUCAAUGAAGAAUGUUGAUUUUUGAACUUUGGUGGCACCAAAUAAUGGCAAACAUCUGAUAGACUGAGUCUCUCUGUCUAUCCCUUUGACUGCUAGGUGUACGCAUGGUGCUGUGUAACCUAGCACAGUAUAAGCAAUUAAGACUGUCAGUCAUGCAUAACUGAAGGAGACCUUUUUGGUUUAAUGCAGGUUUACUUUCAUUUUGGACUGAGUUAUACAGUCUGGGUUUUGGUGUUUUGACAUGUAUCCAUUUUACUUGAUAGCAAACCUCUGCUCACAAAAUAAUCACUUGUAUUCAAGCAUACAAAUGACCAGUUUAACUAGUUUAAUCAUGAAUGUUUUUUGUCAUUUCCUUUUUUGGUUUCCAAUUGUUCUUACAGAUUAUACAAGUUAUAUGGCAAGUUACACAUGUAUAAACUUAACACCCCAGGUUCUCAGAUGUUUGUACUGGCAGAUAUCAUUAUGUUUAUGGCUGUGCUGCAUGUUAUGUACAUUCAACCUGUACUUAUACUAGUAAACACAUUGAUGGAUAAUAAAAGCUUUUGCUGGCCA